CGCAUUUGUGAACAUGAAUGUGAACUGGAUGGGACAGUAGCGUUAGCGUGUAUUCGUCAUGUAAUAAAUUGAGCAAAAUGUAAAUAAUGUAGAAACAUAAAUCUUAAAGAAAUCGAUUCACAGCCUUCGAAAUAGGAUACUCUUUUGCGUUACACCAACAGUUUGGAGGUGUCCCACAGACAAUUAGAUUUCAGAUGGUAUUUGUAUGGAUAAAAGCACAAAACCUGUGCGUGGAACCGCUGGCCCUGACUUGCAUGUUGGUCAACAGGUCGGCACAAACAGCGGGCGAAGAAUCCAAAUAAAGCAGGCUCAGCUGUACAAAUUUUCUUCCCUCGUUUUUGGACCGGGAGACCCUGAACUUCUGUAUCUGGAGGAAUUUCUGGCCUUCCCAAAUGCGAAUACGAAUGUGACGCUGCCAGUGACCCGAAAGAAUAUCCGUGCCGUGAACUAUGACCCGAUCACUCAACAAAUUGACGGGAUCGAAGGCAGAAGUCACAGCAUCAGGCUUUCGCUGGUAAAUGGCACAAAGGAGCCUCUUGGCCAAAUCCGGACAGCCCUUCGACGUUAUCAUACCCCAUAGCAUAGACGCCAUUGACAUAGACAGUGCGGAGGGUGUGGCAUCAGCGGCCCCAGUGAACAAGUACUGUGUAUCAGCCUCCUGUCGCCAUGACGGCCAAAGACUGCCCGGCGGAUCAAAAAAUUAAAUUUAUUAAUUAUUCAGCCAGGCUCCGGUUUUCAAUUUCGCAAAAGUUUUUCGAUUUCCCGUUUUCACAAUCCGCAAGACUUCUUCGUUUUUAAAACAAAAACAAUUUCCUCGAUAAAAUGAAAAGUAAACGGCUUUUAAUACAACAUAACGAAUCUUAAUUUCAAAAGGAAAAAAAUAGUUGAAUUAUUGAUGCAUUAACAUACAGUUCACACUUAGGCCAGAGUAAUUUGGUCUGUGGCUUCUUUAUAAAUAUUUUUUCUUAGCCGCACCUCAUUUGGCUCGGAAAAAU